UGCACUACCUCAAGAUCAUAUAUAAAGACUCUCUGAUUACAGUGGGUUUUUUUGGUGUUCUGUUUUUUGGCUUUGUGUAGUUGUCGUGCGUUAGUGGGAGAUGUCCGGCCGAGGAAAACAGGGCGGUAAGGCGCGCGCGAAAGCGAAGUCGCGCUCCUCGCGCGCGGGCUUGCAGUUUCCUGUGGGUCGAGUGCAUCGGCUGCUCCGCAAAGGUAACUAUUCUGAACGUGUGGGUGCUGGCGCGCCUGUUUAUCUGGCAGCAGUGUUGGAGUACCUGACGGCUGAGAUCCUAGAGCUGGCGGGCAACGCGGCGCGGGACAACAAGAAAACGCGUAUUAUCCCACGCCAUCUUCAGUUGGCCAUCCGUAACGACGAAGAGCUCAACAAGCUGCUGGGCCGCGUGACCAUCGCGCAGGGCGGUGUCCUGCCCAACAUCCAGGCCGUGCUACUGCCCAAGAAAACGGAGAGCCACCACAAGGCCAAGGGCAAGUGAGGCGACGGAGGCGGGCCGGAAACGGCCGUGCUCCCCAGCGGCCCCCUGACACCAAAGGCUCUUUUCAGAGCCACCCACAGUGUCUAGAAAAGAGCCGUACUGGCCAAGGCUGUCUUUCGGAGCGUGUUUUUGCGCGAAUCUGAGCAAGGCUGGGCUUGAGGGAAAUCGAACCAGAAACAUGAUUUGGGUGCGCAUAGGGGCACAGUGGGCUGUGUGUUCGUUUGCUGCAGGUCUUUUUAUGUCUUCACUCCCUUCGGUGGUGUUUAAGAACGAACGAUUUCUCAGGAACAGGGAGAGCUCGGGUCUUCAAGUGUCAUCACUGCGCUCCAGAUUUUCAGUUCCUCAAGUGGAGUGUUAACAGGGAAGCAUGAGGUGGGAGAUGCUCCAAGAGGCAACCCUUUUAUCACUUCUAAGGCUGAGUUUAUACAGCCACAUGCUCUGAUUAAUUUUCAGCUAAUUAAAUACAAAGGUGCAGUUUCUCAGUCAUCCUAGCCACACAUGGCUAAUGGCUACCACACUGGACAGAACAGAUACAGAAGGUCUCCAUCAUUACAGAAAGUUCUUUUGGGCAGCUUUGGUCUGAUCAUCUGUCAGGGUUAUCAGGUUUAGAAACAUGAUGCAAUAUGCAGAGCUGCCUGCCUUGGGUAGAGAAAGCUCAUCAGACUCACGCUUAAAGAAGAAAACAGCGUAUGGCCCAGCCAUUCCAUCCUCCAGAUACAUACAAGGACUCAGCUACCCAGACACCCCUCUCACAUUCACAGCAGCAUCCCAAAGAUAGAAACAGCCCAAAUGUCCAUAACACAUGAAUGCGUAGACAAAAUGUGGUCUGUCCAUAUAGUGGAAUACUAUUCAGUCAUAAAAAGGAAUGACAUGUCCAUGGAUGAACUUCAAAAAUGUUGUACUAAGUUAAAAAAGCUGGACACUAAAAGUCACAUAUUGUGUGAUCCCAUUUAUAUGAUAGCAUACAGAACAGACAAAUUCAUAAGGACAGUAGAUUAAUUGUUGCUAGUUAGUUGUUGGGUAUUACAGGAAUAUGGAGUAUUGUUCAUUCACUUUUGGGGUAAUGAAAAUAUUUCAGAGAUGGAAAGAGGUGAUUGUGAAUGCCUGUAUGUCACUGAAUCACUCUCUAGAAUGGUUUGUGUUUAUGUGAAUUUCACCUUGAUUUAAAAAGAUAUGUGACCUUAAUAAAAGGGUA